UUCCUUUUUCUCCCAUCUCUAUUCAUACUAUGCCUGUCCGAUCUCUCUCGCCUUCUCUCUCCAUCUCCUCCUCUCUCUUCUGCAACUCGAUUUCGGAUCACCGUCGCAAGUGCGAGGAGAACUCGAAUUGAAUUCUCAGGUUGGAAAAUGGAGGACGGGAAGGAGCAAGAGCGUCCGAGCGCAAAUGCUCCGGCGGAUUCCGAGAAAUCCGUGCCUUCGUCCCAGGAGGAGGAAGCAGUUGUUAAGAAAAAAUAUGGAGGAAUAAUGCCCAAAAAACCACCACUCAUUUCUAAGGACCAUGAACGUGCUUAUUUUGAUUCUGCUGAUUGGGCAUUGGGAAAGCAAGGUGGUGAGAAGCCAAAAGGACCUCUUGAAGCCCUUCGUCCCAAGUUGCAGCCAACACAGCAGCAAACACGCUACCGAAAGUCUCCUUAUGCUCCUUCUGGUGAAGAUGGUGGGAAUGCUCCAACCGAGGAAGCGACUCCCCAUGAAUGAGAGGCUGCUUGUGAGGACUGUAUCACCUGCUAUUUGACGUGUAUGCAGUUUGCAAGUAAAAUUCUUGUUGCUUCCAGGAGUAAAAAGUGGGAGGGUGACGAUUUGGUGUUAGCUAAGAGAGAGGAAAUUGAUAGAGACUGCAACUCUCCAUUUGAAUUUUUCUGUUUUGGCGCUCCUAAAUUUCGUGAUUGAAAACGGUUCUCUUCUGAGUGAAGGGCUGAUUGACAUUGGAAAAGAAGAAAACGGGAGGUUUAUAUUGGGAGUUUAUUA